AAAAGGAAGAAACUAAAACACCAGUUUUCUUUUUCUCAUUUCUCCAAAUUUUGCUUUGGGGUUCCGCCUCUUCUCAUUCUCCCCUCUUUCUCUCUCCUGUAUAGUCGAAAAACCAAAGAAAAGUGUCGGAUGUGUAUGCAUCUUCUUCGUCAAAAUCUCUGAUUAUAGAGAAAUUAAUCCAGAAAGGUUGAGAUUUCUCCAGAAAUGGCUACGUUAAGAUCGAGCUUGCCGUCGCGGCUUCGGCAGCUCUUCUCUAAUGAAGGAUCCUUUGGUCCUUCUCUUCAAAUUGAUUCUGAGACGCCUCCUAAAAUCAAAGCAUUUAUUGACAAGGUAAUUCAGAGUCCACUACAAGACCUGGCAAUUCCGCUGUCUGGUUUUCGUUGGGAGUACAACAAGGGGAAUUUUCAUCAUUGGAGGCCACUGUUUCAUCAUUUUGAUACAUACUUCAAGGCCUAUAUAACUCAAAGGAAUGACCUCCUCCUCUCCGAUGCUAUAACUGAAGACGAGGCUCCAUUUCCAAAGCAUGCAGUUUUGCAGAUCUUGAGGGUGAUGCAAAUCAUUCUUGAGAACUGUCACAACAAGGGUUCAUUCGAUGGUCUAGAGCAUUUCAAGUUCUUGCUCGCCUCAACAGACCCCGAACUUCUUUUGGCCACGUUAGAGACUCUUUCUUCUCUUGUGAAAAUACCUCCCUCAAAGUUGCAUGUAAGUGGAAAGAUGAUUGGACUUGGCUCUAUUAAUAGUUGCCUAUUGUCUUUAGCUCAGGGAUGGGGGAGCAAGGAAGAGGGCCUGGGUUUGUAUUCAUGUGUUGUGGCAAAUGAGAAGAGUCAAGAAGAGGGAUUAUCUUUGUUUCCCUCAGAUGUACAGGACAAAGAUGAAAAGUCUCAAACUCGUCUAGGCUCCACCCUGUACUUUGAAUUGCAUGGGGUUAGUCCCCAAAGAAGCGGUGAAAGCAGUAGUGAUGUAAAGUCUUCUAGUUCAACCAUGAUACAUAUGCCAGAUCUGCAUUUACGAAAGGAGGAUGAUCUUUUGCUUCUUAAGCAAUGCAUUGAGCAGUAUAAUAUACCAAUCGAGCAGAGAUUCUCGCUGCUUACAAGAAUCAGAUAUGCUCAUGCCUUCCGUUCUCUUAGAUCAGGCAGAUUGUAUAGUAGAAUUUGUCUUCUUGCCUAUAUUGUGCUUGUGCAGUCUAACGAUGCGAAUGAUGAGCUUGUGUCCUUUUUUGCAAAUGAGCCUGAAUAUACCAAUGAGUUAAUCAAGAUAGUUCGUUCUGAGGAAGUUAUUUCUGGAACUGUCAGAACACUUGCUAUGCUUGCAUUGGGAGCUCAAUUGGCUGCGUAUUCGUCAUCCCAUGAUCGAGCCAGGAUGCUGAGUGGUUCAAGCAUUAAUUUUGCUGGUGGUAACCGAUUGAUUCUUCUGAAUGUACUUCAAAAGGCAAUUUUAUCACUGAAGAAUUCUAAUGAUCCGUCAUCUCUUGCUUUUAUUGAGGCACUUCUGCAAUUCUAUUUGCUUCAUGUCAUAUCUACUUCAAGUUCAGGAAGCAUCAUUCGUGGCUCAGGAAUGGUUCCAACGUUUUUACCUCUUCUGGAGGAUUCUGAUCCUACACAUAUGCACCUUGUAUGUUAUGCUGUCAAAACACUUCAGAAGCUUAUGGAUUACAGUAAUGCAGCUGUUACCCUUUUGAAAGAUUCGGGAGGGGUUGAACUUUUAGCCCAGAGACUGCAUAUAGAGGUUCAGAGAGUUAUUGGUACAGCAGGUUCAGAUGGUACAUGGAUGGUUUUGGGCGAGGGUUCAAGCUCUUCCGAGGAUCAUGUGUACGGUCAGAAGAGGCUCAUUAGGGCUUUGUUGAAGGCUCUUGGAUCAGCAACCUACGCUCCUACAAACACUUCCAGCUCCCAGAGUUCUCAUGAUAGUACUUUGCCAUCCACUUUGGCUUUGAUAUUUAGUAAUGUUGGGAAGUUUGGAGGUGACAUUUAUUGCUCUGCUGUUACUGUUAUGAGCGAAAUUCUCCAUAAAGACCCUACUUGUUUCCCUAUUUUACAUGAAAUGGGUCUUCCAGAUGCAUUUUUAUCUUCAGUUGUUGCUGGCGUACUUCCUUCUUCGAAAGCUCUCACUUGUGUGCCUAGUGGCUUGGGUGCCAUUUGCCUUAAUACCAAAGGUCUGGAGGCAGUAAAAGACUCUUCUGCAUUGCGUUUCCUUCUUGAAAUUUUCACAAGCAAGAAAUAUGUUGUGGCUAUGAAUGAAGCAAUUGUUCCUUUGGCAAAUGGCGUGGAAGAGCUGCUGCGUCAUGUGUCCUCACUCAGAAACACUGGGGUUGAUAUUGUUAUUGAGAUUAUCAACAAAAUUUCAUCUUUAGGGGAGGGAAGUUCGUCAGGGUCAUCCGAGAAGGUCAAUGAGAGUAAUUCUAUGGAAAUGGAUUCUGGAGAGAAAGGAAGUGGAGGCGAAAGCUCUUCCAGUACAGUCACUCCGUCUGAUUCAGCUGGGGAGGAUAUUACAGACGAGCAUUUCAUUAACUUGAGCGUAUUUCAUGUAAUGGUGUUGAUUCACAGGACAAUGGAGAAUUCAGAAACUUGUAGGUUGUUUGUUGAGAAGUCUGGUAUUGAUGCUUUAUUGAAGCUUUUGCUCCGACCUAGUAUUGCCCAAUCCUCCGAGGGAAUGGCUAUUGCUUUGCACAGCACUAUGGUUUUCAAGGGGUUUACUCAGCAUCACUCUUCUCCACUAGCUCGUGCUUUCUGUUCAUUUUUGAGGGAUCAUUUAAAGAAAGCUUUGACUGGAUUUAGUCUGGUUGCAGGGUCAUUUUUGUUGGAUUCUAAGACUAAACUUGACCAUGGGGUUUUCUCUUCAUUAUUUCUUGUAGAAUUUCUUCUGUUUCUUGCUGCUGCAAAAGAAACUAGGUGGAUAUCUGCAUUGCUUACGGAAUUUGGUGGUGAUAACAAGGAUGUAUUAGAGGAUAUUGGGAGAGUGCAUCGUGAAACAUUAUGGCAGAUUGCACUUCUUGAGGAUGCUAAAGUUGAAGUACAAGAAGGUGCAGGUUCUGUUUCUGCAUCAGAAUCACAGCAGGUAUCUAGUUCUGCUGGGCCUGAGGAACAGAGAGUCACAUCUUUUAGGCAAUUGCUUGAUCCACUGUUCAGAAGAAGGAUGUCAGGGUGGAGCGUAGAGUCCCAGUUUUUUGAUCUUAUAAAUCUGUAUAGAGAUCUUGGCCGUGCAGGUGGUAUUCAGAGAAGUACUUCUGAUAGUUCAAACCUUCGUCUGGGAAGCAGCCAGCAGUCACGUGAAUCAGCUGGUUCAGAUACUGAUAUUGCUCUUAGAAAGGAAGAGGACAAGCAGAAAAUUUAUUAUUCAUCUUGUUGCGACAUGGUCAGAUCACUCGCGUUACACAUUAUGCAUCUGCUUCAAGAGUUGGGCAAGUCAAUGCUGCAGCCGUCUAGGCGGCGUGAUGAUGCCAUUAAUAUUUCACCUUCUUCUAAAGCUGUAGUUUCUACCUUUGCUUCCAUCUGCUUGGGACACAUGAACUUUGAGGGACAUAUGAGUCCUUCUGGAUCUGAGGCAUCAGUAUCCAGCAAGUGCCGCUACUUUGGCAAGGUUGUGGAUUUCAUCGAUGGUAUCUUAAUGGACAGGCAUGAUUCUUGUAAUCCUGUGCUAUUAAAUUGCUUGUAUGGGCAAGGUGUUGUUCAGUCAGUGUUGACUACGUUUGAAGCUACGAGCCAAUUGUUGUUCACUGUUCCUGCAUCACCUAUGGAGACUGAUGAUGGAAACCUGAAACAUGAGAAAAAGGAAGAGUCUGAACACUUAUGGCUCUAUGGACCUCUUGCUAGCUACGGCAAGCUAAUGGAUCACUUGGUGACCUCAUCAUAUAUACUGUCUCCCUUUACAAAACACUUGCUUGUGCAGCCUUUAGCUAAUAGCAAUGUUCCAUUUCCCCAAGAUGCUGAGACAUUUGUGAAGGUUCUACAGUCUAUGGUCCUGAAGGUUGUGCUUCCAGUGUGGACCCACCCACAGUUUGUUGAUUGCAGCUACGAAUUUAUUACUUCAAUUAUCUCUAUUAUUCGGCAUAUUUAUUCUGGAGUUGAAGUGAAAAAUGUCAGUAGCAAUAGUAGCAGCAGUAGAUUAACAGGUCCACCUCCAAAUGAAGCAGCUAUCACAACAAUAGUAGAUAUGGGAUUUACAAGGGCCAGGGCCGAAGAAGCUCUGAGGCAAGUUGGAGCCAACAGUGUUGAGUUGGCAAUGGAGUGGCUGUUCAGUCAUCAAGAGGAAGUCCAAGAAGAUGAUGAGCUUGCUCGUGCACUUGCUAUGUCUCUUGGAAACCCAGGGUCAGAAUCAAAAGAAGAUGCUGCAAAAGAAAGCAGUCAGCAAUUUGAAGAGGAGAUGGCACAACUUCCACCAAUUGAUGAACUAUUGUUGACUUGUGUAAAGCUUUUACAAUCAAAGGAUUCUCUUGCAUUUCCAGUCCGAGACUUGCUCAUGACAAUGUGCUCCCAGAACGAUGGUCAAUACAGACCUAAUGUUAUUUCCUUUAUUAUUGAACAGAUAAAGCGUUGUAACUCUGUAACUGAUCGUGGUAAUAGCCCUAUGUUGUCUGCAUUGUUUCACGUUCUUGCUUUGAUUCUUCAUGAAGAUGCCGUGUCCCGAGAAACUUGUCUAAAAAAUGGCUUGGUAGAGCUCGUCUCUGAUGUAUUGUGGCAAUGGGAUGCUGGGUCAUCUGGUGGGACAGAUACACUUGUUCCGAAAUGGGUAACAGCUGCCUUUCUUGCUAUUGAUCGCUUGUUACAAGUUGAUCAGAAGCUGAAUCCCGAGGUUAUUGAAUUGUUGAAGAGAAACACUGAAAGCAGCCAGCAGAAAUCAGUUGUUAUUAAUGAAGAUAAUCAAAACAAGCCGCUGGAACCAUCACAACAGCGUGUUGAUUUUGACCAGCAGAAGAGGCUUGUUGAGGUUGCUUGUAAUUGUAUCAGGAAGCAACUGCCCUCAGAUACGAUGCAUGCUGUUCUCCAGCUAUGUGCGACACUUACCCGAACCCAUUCUGUUGCUGUUACUUUUCUUGAUGCUGGGGGUCUACCUUUGCUUCUCAAUCUACCGACGAGCAGUCUUUUCUCUGGGUUUGACAAUAUUGCAUCUACUAUCAUCCGUCAUAUUCUUGAAGAUCCACAGACUCUUCAGCAGGCAAUGGAGUCUGAGAUCCGUCACAAUAUUGUUACUACAACAAACAGACAAACGAGUGGAAGGCUUACCGUCCGCAACUUUUUGGUAAAUUUGACAUCUGUUAUAUCUAGAGACCCAGUAGUGUUCAUGCGCGCUGCUCAGUCUGUUUGUCAAGUUGAGAUGGUAGGUGACAGGCCGUAUAUUGUCUUGUUAAAAGAUCGUGAGAAAGAUAAAUCUAAGGACAAGGAGAAAGAAAAGGAAAAAACAUCUGAGAAGGAGAAACCAUUGGGUCCUGAUACAAAGUCUGCUCCUGGUGGUCUUUCACCUAUGGUGUUGGGAGGUGGGCAAGGGAAGCUUCAGGAGUCCAAGAGUUUUAAGGCUCACAAGAAACCUCCUCAAAGCUUCAUCAAUGUGAUUGAACUUCUCCUGGAUAAAGUGGUAAUGUUUGAACCCCCUGUAAAAGAUGAUUCCUUGCCUGGAGCUUCGGGUACACAGUCAACAACUAGCAUGGACAUUGAUGUAGCUGCUAGUAAAGGAAAAGGAAAGGCUCUUGCGAGUGAAUCUGAAGAAAAUGAAGCUCAAAACCAGGAUGUUUCUGCUUCACUGGCCAAAAUUGUAUUUAUCUUGAAGCUUCUGACAGAGAUUCUUGUCACAUAUGCUGCUUCUGUUCAUGUCUUACUGCGGAAGGAUGUUGAACUGAGUAGCUGCAGGAGUUUGGUACAGCGAGGCCCUUCUGGAUGCAGCACUGGUGGAUUAUUUUGCCAUAUUCUGCACAAAUUUGUCCCCUCUUCUAAAAGACCCAAAAAAGAAAAAAAAUUAGAUGGUGACUGGAAACACAAGCUGGCAACCAGGGCUGGUCAAUUUUUGGUAGCUGCUUGUGUUCGUUCUGCUGAGUCCAGGAAGAGAAUUUUCACAGAGAUCAAUUCAGUUUUCAGUUACUUUGUUGAAAUGUCUGAGGGUUUCGUUUCACCAGGCAAUGAAAUUUUGGCGUUUGUUGAACUUCUAAAUGAUGUACUAGGUGCGCGAUCCCCAACUGGUUCCAAUAUCUCUUCAGAAGCUUCUGCUACUUUCAUUGAUGUUGGUCUAGUUAGAUCACUGACUAGAACCCUACAAGUGCUGGACCUUGACGUUGGUGACUCAUUAAGUGUUGUUACUGGACUCAUCAAAGCAUUAGAAUUGGUAACCAAGGAACAUAUUCAUUCUGCUGAUGCACAUGCAGGAAAGAAUGGAAACUCUGCCAAGCCUUCUGAUAUUAAUUUGCUCGAGAGAAUUGACAAUAGUAGUGAGGGUGUGCAAGCUAUGGAAGCUGCUUCUCAAGAGAAUGAUAACUCUGUCACUGAUGCCCGAGGCGAUUCUUUUAGUGUUGGGCAUAUGUAUGGUGGCUCUGAGGCAAUAACAGAUGAUAUGGAGCAUGAUCAAGAUCUUGGUGGAGGUUUUGCUCCGAAUGAAGAAGAUUACAUGCAUGACACACCUGAGGAUGGAAGGGGUCUUGAGAAUGGGAUUGACAGUGUGGGGAUCAGAUUUGAAAUUCAACCAGAUGGGCAAGAAAACCUAGACGACGAUGAUGAUGAUGAGAUGUCUGGAGAUGAUGCAGAUGAUGGAGAUGAUGAUGAAGACGACGAGGAUGAAGAUGAGCAAAAUGAUUUAGAAGAAGAUGAAGAUCACCAUCUACCCCAUCCAGAUACUGACCAGGACGACCAGGAGAUGGAUGAAGAUGAGUUUGACGAAGAAGUACUGGAGGAAGAGGAUGAGGAUGAUGAGGAUGAUGAAGAAGGACUCAUACUCCGGCUGGAGGAAGGUAUCAAUGGGAUUAAUGUGCUUGAUCACAUAGAAGUUUUUGGUAGAGAUCACAGUUUUGCUAAUGAAACUCUGCAAGUGAUGCCCGUUGAGCUGUUUGGCUCUAGGCGCCAAGGGCGUUCUACGUCCAUAUACAACCUUCUUGGGAGAAGUGAUAACACUGUGCCGUCUCAACAUCCACUCCUCGUUGAGUCACAUCCCUCAUCAACUUUGGCAACUUCUAGAGCUUCAGAAAAUACAAGUGAUUUACUAUUUUCUGAUAGAAAUUUGGAAACUGCUUCAUCCCGACUGGACACUAUAUUUCGUUCUGCGCGAAAUGGACGACAGAGUCAUAGAUUUAACAUGUGGCUUGAUGAUAAUGAGCCAGGUGGUGGUUCAAGUUCGUCUGCCAUUCCCCAAGGCUUAGAGGAGUUACUGGUGUCACAGCUGAGGAGGCCAGACACUGAGAAACCUUCUGAUCAGAACAAGACCGGUGUUGACCCUGAGGGUAAGGUUGACGCUGGUGAACUGCUACCAUCAGACACGAGUAUGAGAGUAGACACUCCAGUUGAGAGUAAUGCAAAUAACCAACCAUCUUCUGCAACUAUAGACAGCUCUAAUCCUGAAAAUAGAUUGGGGUCAACCCUGCCUCUUCAAGGACAUAAUGUGUCAGGUACUGAGUCUUUGUCUGUUGAUAUGCAAUUUGAGCAUAAUGAAGCUGUUCGAGAUGUUGAGGCAGUGAGCCAAGAAAGUGGUGGAAGUGGGGCAACUCUGGGAGAAAGUCUUCGUAGCUUAGAUGUUGAAAUUGGGAGCGCUGAUGGUCAUGAUGAUGGACCAGACAGGCAAGGCUCUGCUGACAGAAUGCCUUUAGGUGAGUCACUUGGAAGUCGGACAAGGAGAAACACUGUUUCAUUUGGGUCGACUACCCCAGUUGGUGUCAGGGAUACAUCACUUCAUAGUUUAAGUGAAGUUGCAGAAAACCCUAGUCAGGAGGCUGAAGAAGGUGUUCCAGUGGGUGGGCAGCAAAUGGUGGGGGAUGGUGAUUCUAGUUCAAUUGAUCCUACUUUCCUUGAUGCUCUUCCAGAUGAGUUGCGAGCUGAAGUUCUGUCCGCUCAGCAAGGUCAAGGAACCCAGCCUGCGAAUGCUGAGCAGCAGAACUCUGCAGAUAUUGAUCCUGAAUUCCUUGCAGCACUUCCCCCGGAUAUUCGAGCAGAAGUUCUUGCGCAGCAGCAGGCACAGAGGAUUCAUCAAUCCCAAGAGCUGGAGGGGCAACCUGUAGAGAUGGAUACUGUGUCAAUAAUUGCUACCUUCCCUUCAGAACUUAGAGAAGAGGUUCUUUUAACAUCAUCUGAUGCUGUGCUGGCAAAUCUUACUCCUGCUCUUGUUGCCGAGGCAAACAUGUUGCGUGAAAGGUUUGCACAUCGUUAUCACAGUCGCACACUUUUUGGUAUGUACCCAAGAGGCCGAAGAGGCGAGUCUUCUAGAAGAGGUGAAGGAUCAGGCCUGGACAGAGCUGUUGGAACUGUUGCUUCUUCACGCCGCUCUGUUGGAGCUAAACUACUCGAAGCUGAUGGUGCUCCCUUAGUUGAUACCGAUGCUCUGAAGGGCAUGAUUCGGUUAAUACGUGUUGUUCAGCAAGUCUACAAAGGUUCUUUUCAGAGACUUCUUUUGAAUCUGUGUGCACAUAUCGAGACCAGGACUGCAUUAGUCAAAAUUUUGAUGGAGAUGCUGAUGCUUGAUGAGCAUAAGCAGGGAAAUCAGCAAAAUGAUGCGGAACCGUCAUAUCGGCUUUUUGCUUGCCAAAGCCAUGUAAUGUAUUCUCGUCCUCAGUUCAUUGACGGAGUUCCUCCUUUGGUUUCUCGGCGAGUUCUUGAAACUCUUACCUAUCUGGCACGAAAUCAUCCUUAUGUUGCCAAGAUCCUGCUCGAGCUCAGACUGCCGCAUCAGUCUCAUUCUGUGUCUGAUAAAGCAGAUAACAUGCGUGGUAAAGCGUUGAUGGUUGUUGAAAAUGAAAAUGCUGAGGCAAAUGACGAGUUUCAUCCUGUUGCACUGUUAUUGGGUCUUUUGAAUCAACCUCUUUAUUUAAGGAGCAAUGCACACCUAGAACAGCUUUUAAGUCUACUGGAUGUUAUAAUUGACAAUGCUGGAAGCAAGUCUAGUUCAAUUAAACCUGGAUUACCUACUCCAGAGCAGCAAUCUGGCUCUUCUGAGGCACCUACGACAGAUGCUGAGAUGCAAACUACUGAUUCAGGUGCAGCUUCUUCUGAAGCCAAUGCAGGUUCUAAAGUCGAUGAAUCUAUUGUACCGUCAGUAUCUGGUUCAAGUGAGGCAUAUGAUGCUAAGACCGUGUUGCUUAGCCUUCCACAAGCUGAUCUCAGGCUAUUAUGUUCUUUACUCGCAACAGAAGGUUUGUCAGAUAAUGCUUAUGCACUAGCUGCUGACGUCCUGAAGAAGUUGGUGGCCUUUACCCCACCUCAUUGUCAUCUAUUCAUCACUGAGUUGGCAAACUCAGUGCAAAAACUAAGUCAGUCUGCUAUGGAAGAGUUGCAUUCCUUUGGGGAGGCUGAAGGAGCUCUCUUACAUUCUACUUCUUCUGAUGGAGCAGCGAUACUGAGAGUGUUACAGGCUCUUAGCUCUCUUGUUUCCUCUGUGAACGAGAAGCAAGAAGAUCAGCCGAAUGUUGCUGGAAAGGAUCGAAAUGUUGCCCUUUCUCUUGUUAGGGAUAUCAAUACUGUUCUGGAACCGUUAUGGCUGGAGCUGAGCAGUUGUAUAGGCAGAAUAGAGGUGUAUUCUGAUUCUGGCCUUGAACUCCCUUCUACAUCUUUAGUUGUCAAAUCAAAGCCUUCUACUGCAAGCCCACCUCUUCCUGCUGGCAGCCAAAAUGUCCUACCCUAUAUCGAGUCUUUCUUUGUGACAUGUGAGAAAAUUUACCCUGGACAGCCUGGUACAAGUCAGGAUUUCACUGUUGCAGCUGUUCCAGAAGUAGAUGAUGCAAGUACUUCUGCCAGCAAGCAGCAGACAUUAGGGCCCGUCUCAAGUGUUGACGAGAAGCGUGUUGCUUUUGUGAAGUUCACUGAGAAGCAUCGGAAACUACUGAAUGCUUUUAUUCGGCAGAACCCUGGGCUGCUUGAAAAGUCCUUUUCCUUGAUGAUAAAGGUUCCUCGUUUCAUUGAUUUUGAUAACAAACGUGCUCACUUCAGAUCAAAGAUAAAGCAUCAACAUGACCAUCAUCAUAGCCCUUUGAGGAUUUCAGUGAGAAGAGCAUACAUUCUUGAAGAUUCAUACAAUCAACUGCGCAUGAGGUCUACCCAAGAGUUGAAGGGGAGGUUGACUGUGCAUUUUCAGGGAGAAGAAGGUAUUGAUGCUGGAGGGCUUACUAGGGAAUGGUAUCAAUCAUUGUCCCGUGUUAUCUUUGAUAAAGGUGCAUUGUUGUUCACUACCGUGGGCAAUGAUUCUACCUUUCAGCCCAACCCAAAUUCUGUGUAUCAAACUGAGCAUCUCUCGUACUUCAAGUUCGUCGGGCGAGUUGUUGGCAAAGCACUUUUCGAUGGCCAGCUUUUGGAUGUUCACUUCACUCGCUCAUUUUACAAGCAUAUCCUUGGUGUAAAAGUUACUUAUCAUGACAUAGAAGCCAUUGAUCCAGAUUACUACAAGAAUCUUAAAUGGAUGCUUGAGCAUGAUAUAAGCGAAGUGCUAGAUCUUACUUUCAGCAUCGAUGCUGAUGAGGAGAAGCUGAUAUUAUAUGAAAGGACACAGGUGACGGAUUAUGAGUUAAUUCCUGGUGGACGAAACAUAAAAGUCACAGAGGAGAAUAAACAUCAAUAUGUUGAUUUAGUUGCGGAGCACAGAUUGACGACUGCAAUUCGACCUCAAAUUAAUGCUUUCUUGGAAGGCUUCAAUGAGUUGAUUGCUCGAGAACUCAUAUCCAUUUUUAAUGAUAAAGAACUUGAAUUAUUAAUAAGUGGUCUUCCUGAUAUUGAUUUGGAGGAUAUGAGAGCCAAUACCGAAUACUCUGGUUACAGUCCUGCAUCUCCAGUUAUCCAAUGGUUCUGGGAGGUUGUCCAGGGAUUUAGCAAGGAAGAUAAGGCACGCCUACUGCAGUUCGUUACAGGCACUUCAAAGGUGCCUCUUGAAGGUUUCAGUGCCCUUCAAGGCAUUUCAGGCGCACAAAAAUUCCAAAUUCACAAAGCAUAUGGCAGUCAGGACCAUUUACCGUCUGCGCACACAUGCUUCAACCAGUUGGAUCUACCCGAGUAUCCUUCAAAAGAACAUCUGCAAGAGAGGUUACUGCUCGCGAUUCAUGAAGCUAGCGAGGGAUUCGGAUUUGGUUAAGAACCGCAGUUUAUGGUGGGUUUGGGUAGUAGGAAUGAGAGUUACUGUAGAUAACAAAUUGUUUCCUUAGUUAUUAUCAUUGAGUUGUAAUUGGGAGGGCAAGUUGGAAUAUAUCGACUUUUGAGUUAGUAAAUUGUUAAUAUAAUGUACAGUUCUAUUUAUUUGUCCACCUUUAAUUGAUACUACUUGGCAGUUUUUGGUCUUGCCAAUAUGCAUUUAGUCUGAAGCGCAUGGUUACAUCUUUCUCUUA